AGGAUUCGUAUCUCAGAGAUGGAGAAGCUGUUUGCCAGAGCUCUUUAUGACAACAUAGCCGAAACUGAAGAUGAGCUGGCUUUUCACAAGGGUGACAUCAUCGUGGUUCUGGAGAAGAACGUGGCGGAGAGCAUCGGCUGGUGGAAGUGUGCUCUUCAUGGGCGUCAGGGCCUGGCACCGGCGAACCGCCUGGCUCCGCUUUCCCCAGCAGAGGCUGAGAAACUUUGCGUGAACAAACAGAUACAAACAGGUACAGAGAGGGACUGCUUGACCAACCACUCCAAUCAGAACAUCUAUCAAACCCCAAAAGCUAGAAGGACACCAGCGAUACCGAUUUAUGAAGAGAUGAGUACGAUAUAUAACGUGCCACUUCAAGCCGCCUCUUCACCAGAUAAGCACAAGGCACAAAAAGGAUCUAAGAGAAACCGGGUCUCCUCAAGUCGGUUUAACUGCCAGACAUGGUGCCAGAAAUAUAUGAUGUCCCAAGCCUGCCUUUGGAAAGCGUCAAACACAGAAUUUCAUAAUAGAUAUGAACAGCUACAAAGUAUGAGAUGUCCGACUGCAACCAAGAAAAAAGUUGCCAAAUUACCCCCGACGACUUCCCAAGACCCCAAUUAUGACAUCCCAGUGCCCUCCAUCAGUGAGGAAACUCAAAAGCCUCUUUGUGGUUAUAGUACCACGAAGCCCUGUAAGUCUGAAUGGAUUUAUGACGUGCCUGUUUUCCCACAAAAACAAGGAUGUGAUACUUGUUACUAUGGCACCAUGCCACCCAAAACUAUGAAUUCAAACAAGCCCCUUUAUGACACUUUGCCAAAUCACAAGUGGCCUGAAAAGGCCAGGCACAGCCCCAUUCAGCCCCUCUAUGACAUCCCUAAACCGAGCAAUGCAGUGGUGCAGUCUUGUACAGAUAUUGGGGAUGCAACAACUUCAUGCAUCUAUGAUGUCCCACCCGGUCUUAAACAAAGAGAGAGCACUGUAGUGUUACAUAGAAAGCCAAGGCUUCCAGAAACAGACUCUAAAAAGAACCGUGAAUCUCUUGAGUACAGUGAUAAACCUGGACCCAUGCACGACCAACUUCAUCAUUGGCCCUCAAGGGGCAGAACGAUGUCCAGGCAGCCUGGGACAAUUAGAAGGGAUGACGAGGACAACAAAAACCACCAGAGGAGCUCAACGCUGUCCACCUCCUCCACAGCUUCCAGUUCUUCCAGGAGCUCAUGCGACUCCUUCAUGUUGAGUUCUCCUGAACCUGAGCCCUUGCGUGAGGUCACACUUUCACAGGAAGAAGCCAGCAACAGGUUGCUUGAGCUGCAAGAAGCAGUGUGCCAAACUGUGCCCAAGCUUAUGCUGUUUGUCAGCAGCCAGUGGAGAACCAAAGAACAUCUGAGUCAGCACCUUCAUGAGAUCCACAUGGCCACCAAAGAUGUGACUGACUCUGUCACCUGCUUCUUAAACUUCGCCUUGGAUGUCAGAGGUAACGCUCAACGGCUGACAGACUUUAACCUGCAGACCAGGCUUCUGAAGCAGCUCUCUAUCGUUGAGGACUCGGGCUUGAUCCUUCAGCAGGCUGCAGGGACUCUGCAAGAUCUGGGCUGGCUCCUGGACACGCUAGCUCAGGAUGAAGGCCAGUCGCAGACGCCUGACCACCUAGAGCGCUUUGUUAUGGUGGCUCGAACCGUACCAGAGGAUGUGAAGAGGCUGGUAUCCAUCCUGAAUGCAAAUGGAAAGCUUCUUUUCAGAGUCCGGCUAAAGACAGUGGUGGACAACAUAGACCAUUAUGAGAGGAGAAGUCACAGUAAAAGUGAACCGAUGGUAGACUCAGGAAUAGAUGAAAGUGACUAUAUACAACUUCAGACAAAGACAGAGUUAGACCAACAGCCAAAGCCAGCAAAAAGCAGUUUUAAAUCAAAGAAGAAUGGCGAUACCUUGAAAAAACAGGUUUCCAAAUCGCAGUCCGUUAACCCCUGCAGUCCACUCCAGACCUCCAGGAAGCCUUCCAUCUCUGACCACUGCCGGCUGUAUUUCGGAGCUAUUCAGAAGGCCAUCAGCGUGUUUAUAAGUAGCCUGGAUGAUGGCCAGCCCCCCGAAAAGUUCAUCUCCCACAGCAAGCUGGUCAUCAUGGUGGGCCAAAGACUUGUGAACGCUCUGUGUAGCGAAGCUAAAAAUCGAGAGGCCAGCAGGGAAAUGUUAUCUAUGAGCAAUCAGCUGUGUGCCCACCUCAAGCAACUGGCCAUGGUGACCAAGAAGGCAGCUAUGAACUUCCCAGACAAACUGCCUCUCCAGGAGGUGCAGGACAUUGCCAAAGAGUUGGCUCAAAGGGCACAACACUUCAGAAUGUCACUGGACGUCUGAGUUUGCCAUCUGUCUGCCCAGUUUAUCGUGUGGAGGUGGUCUCUUGAAGAUAACAUGGUAUUUGUGAAAUAUCUCAAUUUGUGUGAUUUGUAUGCGAGUCUAAACCAGCCACCCUUAAAACAAGCUCCUAUUUUUGUUAGUCUGGAUGAGGAGGCACUGUUAAAAGUAACAAAGAGACAUCUUAUAAUUAUGACCUCAGAUAAUGACAUUGAUGUGUUUACAUGCACAACGGUAUGCUGAUGUAUAAACAGCAGUUAAGGUGUUUACAUAUAGAUAUUAAAGAGGUGUUGCGAUCAGGUUUUGCGGUCACAGUAGUA